UAUGCGCGAGAUUCCAAUUUCUGACGCACAACAGAGAAUGCGAGGAGGCUUGGAUAACGAUUCGGUAUUGCAAUAUCAAAGUUCUAGUAUGAGUGAACUCAGCGACCUGGACAGGCAAAUAGAGCAGCUACGGCGAUGUGAAAUCAUCAAGGAGAGUGAAGUGAAGUCCCUGUGUGCUAAAGCCAGGGAGAUCCUGGUAGAGGAGAGUAACGUCCAGAGGGUAGACUCUCCAGUCACAGUGUGUGGCGAUAUUCAUGGCCAAUUUUACGAUCUCAAUGAGUUAUUCAAAGUGGGAGGUGAUGUCCCCGACACAAAUUACCUGUUCAUGGGUGAUUUUGUGGACAGGGGUUUCUACAGUGUAGAGACAUUUCUUUUACUUCUAGCAUUAAAGGUACGUUAUCCAGACCGAAUAACUUUGAUCCGUGGGAAUCAUGAGAGUCGACAAAUCACGCAAGUGUAUGGGUUUUACGAUGAAUGUUUACGAAAAUAUGGCUCAAUCACUGUGUGGAGAUACUGUACUGAGAUCUUCGAUUACCUGAGCUUAUCCGCAAUCAUAGAUGGAAAGAUAUUCUGUGUACACGGUGGGUUGUCACCAUCUAUCCAGACCCUCGACCAAAUACGAUCAAUAGACAGGAAACAGGAAGUUCCCCACGACGGACCCAUGUGUGACUUACUAUGGUCCGAUCCAGAAGAUAUGCAGGGCUGGGGAGUGAGUCCCAGAGGGGCUGGUUACCUGUUUGGAUCAGAUGUUGUAGCACAAUUCAAUGCCGCCAACGACAUAGACCUUAUAUGCCGAGCACAUCAGCUAGUGAUGGAAGGCUAUAAAUGGCACUUCAAUGAAACAGUUCUAACAGUAUGGUCGGCGCCAAAUUAUUGUUAUAGAUGCGGUAAUGUAGCAGCAAUAUUAGAAUUAGACGAACACUUACAGCGAGAUUUCACAAUAUUUGAAGCAGCACCACAAGAAUCCAGGGGAAUUCCAUCCAAGAAGCCACAGCCGGACUACUUUUUAUGAGGAUGUUAACAUUAUAUUUUAACAAGGGGCCACAAACUGUUGCAGAUACAGAAAUACAAAGCAUGGAUAUUUGUCUACAGAAGGAAACAUACCAAAGAACAUCCUACAGAAAAUGACAGAAAUUGUACAGAAAUGACUUGAUUGUGUGUUUGAUCAAAAAAUGAAAAAUGUGCUAGAUGGAAUAUUGAACAUUGAUUUGUGCUCUCCAGGAACAUGGAACAGUGUGUUGGUCCUGCACAGUUUGUCACUGUUGAAUUUGACUUAAUGAUACAUACAUAUACCUCUCAAUGGUCAAAAAGAACCAGUUCAUGUGGCAGAGCAUGUGUAGGGUAUUUGAAUAAAAUUAAUGUACCUCUUCAGUCCAUUUACCUAAAUAGUAAAAUUAGAUCAUUUACCUCAUAAUCAGAGUUUUCAAAGAACAAAUUUCUCUAUCAUUAUUGGCUGCAUUACAAGUCUUCUGUGAAAUAUAUGUAAACAGACUCUACUUCUCCUCUGACACUGUCUGUAUUGGUCACGGUUGUAACAAUAUAAAUACCAGAAGGUUAGCUCUAUGCAGUUCAGAUCGAUUUUUAUUAGGUUGUUCUGUUAAAGGCUACCAGAGAUAUAGCGCAGUUUAAUAUACUAUGCAGAUUUUUCCUGUUUGUUUUAAACUUAAGCAUCUAACUGGUGACAACAACAGUUCUACCAGUAGAAUUAGCGUUACCUAAUUGAUAAAGCAUAAACACUAACUGUAUUCUUGUGGUAAUAAUAAGCAACAUGAAGUCGGAUCACACAUGAGUCAAGUUGGCACUUUGCUUAUUGCAGAAUAUAUGUGGAAUAUGCAGAAAUGGCAUACUAUGUAUGUCAGUUAGAGGCAGAAGAUAUAACAUUGAAACAUGUUUUAUGAAGGUAAUUUUAACUGAAAUUUUCAUUUCUUUAAACACUUGUCAAUCAGUGUUGAACACCAGGUACAAAUGUACAAAUAAGUGCUAAAAUUACGGGACAACGAUUUACAUGGUCAAUCCAUCUGCUGUAAAAUCUGACACUAAUUUUCGUGGGUUUUUAAUUUUGUUGAUUUCUUGGGUGAUCUUCAUCAACGAAUUCAUAGGUUCAUGAAGUAAUUACAAGUUUGACAUGUAGUCAUUCUCAGUGAGCGGGUACGUGUAAUCCACGAAUUUAUGUACCAAUGAAAUGGUGUUUUGUGAUGAAACCAUGGAAUUUGAGCCCCAUGAAAAUAUCUGAUUUCAUAGUAAUGUGCUUGAAUAAUGAUCAAUAUCUCCCACAUAUUUUCCUAUCACUAUUAGCAACUGUGUAAUUUUUCUCUCAUAGACUAAAGCAACAUCAUAUUUCUGUUCCAUUAACGACAUUUGCACAUAAUGUGUAUCAAAUAACAAUGGCCUUCUUUGUAAUUAAUUGAAAAUCAAACAAGUCAUUAUUGAUUAUUUUCACUUGCAUUGAAAUUUUUGUAAAUCCAUUAUUAACUCUUUCAUCCCUAUGCAACUUAAGUAGACUCUCCCAUGCUUUGAUAUGGAUAAGUCCAUUAUGGUUUUCAGGGGUAAAAAGGGUUAAAGGAUUUAUACCUGUACAGUGUAUAGAUAUGUUGACCAUUUAACUUGCAUCUUUAUGCUGACACAUGAAAUGUAUUGUACAGAUAAUAUUGAUUGUUGUUCUUUGUAGAUAUCAAUGUUUUGGUUGAAAUAACUUACUUUUCAUAAACUUGCAACAACAACAACAACUGGACAUGCAUGUUUUCUUAAAAAAAAAGAAAAAUUAAGAACAAUAAUUUUCAUACUUUUCAAAUCAAUUCUGCAGCAUUAGCAUAUUGUUGAGCCAGCUCCAUCAUUUAGAACAAUAAUACAACCCAAGACUUGAUUAUAGAUCAGUCGUGUUAUGUCUCCAUUGUAGUGGUGGGGGCAGGGAAUCUGAAAGCUGAGUGAAACCAUGGCUGUUGAACAAAUGCCACCAAACAUAUUGUACUGUAAUUUUAUUUCAGUUAUCUCCCUUGACUAUAUCAAAUUAUUCAGAAGGACCAGUUUAUCAUUGCAAGCAUUUUUGUCUUAUGCAGAUCGAAAGAGUUUCAGGGGUAGUUUUUCAGUUACAUUUAAGAUAGCAAUACUCUCAGAAUAUUACAGGUAUGGUAUGAUUUUUCAGUACAUGAUACUAAAUGAACCAUAAUCCUCUAUGAUUUUCAGUACAUGAUACUAAAUGAACCAUAUCUUAAACCCUCUAUGAUUUUUCUUCAGAUUUUGAAAUAGUAUUUGCCAAUCUUUACCUAUAAUACUAUUCUGUCCCAGUCUGUUGUCUCAAACCUUUGCUUCCUGUUUUGUUUUGAUUUUUUGAUGUGAUGAAUUUUCAGAAGGACUAGAUUUAUUAUGACCCCCUUUCCAAUUAAGUCAUCAUGAACCAUUCAUUUUUUAUAACCUUUCACUCAUCAUAUCUCAUCUAUUUCUGUCUGUCCAUCAUCAUCACAUAAUCUUUGUUCACUGUCUUAUUAUUAUUGGAGACGAAAUCUGUGGGGAUACCGUGUAAAUAUAUGUAUAUAAAAUAUUUUGCAAGGAAAUUCUGUAUUACUAAUACUUCCUUUUUCAGUGAAGAAAUGUACAUUACUAAGUCUUCAUGUUGUGGUACUCUCAAUUGUGUCAAAUGUUUUAAUUCAUGUACAGUGAUGAUGAGGAUAUUAUUCACAAUUCGUGUACAGUGAUGAUGAGUAUAUUAUUCACAAUUUGUGUACAGUGAUGAUGAGUAUAUUAUUCACAAUUGGUGUACAGUGAUGAUGAGUAUAUUAUUCACAAUUCGUGUACAGUAAAUAAGUCAUCCUCUGUGACGGCUGUAUACCAACGCAUAUACAUGGCGUAACACCUUGGCUAGACAUAAACACACGGAAGUGAGUUCUGGUUAGAACACAUCAAUUUCAUCACCAAGUGGUAGCUCUUGUUUCUUUAUUGUCCUUCAUGAUAUGUCGUUUUUUAAAUAAAUUAUUUUUG